AUGGCAGCACUUUACGAAGCAAGCGGACGCAUGUUCUUUGGCAUCACCGGCCACGCAUCCAUCACGAUUGACCUUCCAUCGGGCAGCACCCAGGCGAAAAUUGAUGCUGCCGAGCACGAGGUGGAUGAAGCUUUCGGAAAGGCGUGGUUAUCGCUGCGCUACGACCAUCCCACCCUGGCAGCUAGAGUGACCCAUGAUACUUCUAGACAAGAGUGGACCAAAUCGUACUCGCAGCUCAAAAGCGAUGUUGAGCAGCAGAGGUGGCUGGAAGAGACACUUGUUCCCAUUACGACCGGCCAAACAGGUGCAGAAUUUGCCAACUCCGACCCUCCUGCACCAAAGCUACCGACACUCUUCGUCCUUCAGCUUCCUUCUAUCACGAGCAAAGAUGCUUCAAUAUCCAUCCGUCGCGAUAUCGUUUUGCGCUCUCCACACGACAUAGUUGAUGGAAUAGGCACAUUGCUCGUACUAAAUAAUUUUAUUGUCCACGCAUCGAGAGCUUACGAUGGUGGCUGCUGCUACACAGUCCCAGCACUUGACGGAUCAGAGACAGCAAAUCUCAGCCCCCCAUACCGCGUUGCAGCUGCUGUUCCCCCCGAGCUAUCCACGUCCCAAAGGGAGAGGCCAGAGAAAAUAUCCUCGGAAAAACUAGCGCUGGUGGCAUCGACUUCACAGGACAUCGAAAUCCUUUCACUCCCGUACACAGCCGGGGCGCUUCUUCCUGGCCGCCAUCAGCGAGCAGCUCUGGUAUUUGAUAGAGACGAGACAUCUCGCCUGCUGGCCUCGUGCAAGGCAGUCACUACCACACCUACUCAUAUGUUCCACGCCGCAGCUGCGAUGGUUGCGCGAGAUUUGUACUUGCAAAAGAAAGCAGCACCUAUAACGGCGAAACGCGUGCGAUACAUCAGCUACAUCUUGCGCAACGAGCGUGCCGUGUGUAAGGAGCCUUACAGCACAACUAAGCACCCAGCAGCCCUGUACCACUCCGUUUCCGGCCAGAGCCUCGUGAUCGACAUGGACCCACGGCUUCUUGCUGGCUCUGACAAAACUAGCCGCAAGGAAGAAUUCCGGUCCAUUGUGGAGACAGUCAAGGCAUUCUACCAAGAAGUGCGCAACGAUAGGGAGCACUAUGCUCUCUGCCCGGCUAUGUGGGCUGCUGGCACGCCGAGCUUGCCGAACACUCCAAGGCCGUUUCCAGUCCCUCCACCAAAGAAGCACGCUUCCGUAUCCCUUUCCAGUAUGGGCCUUGUGGAUUCAAUGGUGGCCUCUAGGAUUGGAGCUUUUCGUGUCCGUAAUCCAUGGGUUACGGGCGAGGAGCUCGGGAAUGGUCUCGGCCUGUUCCUUGGCACGUUCGGCGGAGACUCGUUCUUACGAAUCAAGAAAGUAUACACAGAAGAAGAUUAG